AUGUUCCUGCCCAGAGUGACCGCCUCUGCGCGGUUGGUUAACUGCACCGUCGCUAUCCGCAUUGCUUCAGUCUCUCGUGCGCGCUUCAUUUCCACCGUUGGCACCCCUCCUCAAGUGCCUAAACUUUGGGACUCGGCGGAUGAGGCAGUCAAGGAUGUAAAAUCGGGCGACGUUCUGCUAUGUGCAGGAUUCGGACUUGCGGGUAUUCCUGACACCCUACUGGGGGCCCUGGCCAAGAGAAAGAAUGAAGUUACUAAUCUCGUGGGUGUCUCAAAUAACGCAGGUGCUGGAGACUCAGGGUUAGGCAAGCUACUCAACACGGAGCAACUCGAGAAGAUAAUCGCGUCCUAUCCUGGAGGGAACAAAAAGUUUGAAGCUCUUUACCUGCAAGGAAAGAUUUCUCUUGAACUAGUUCCUCAAGGUACUCUCGCGGAGCGAAUUCGCGCUCAUGCUGCGGGUAUACCCGCAUUCUUCACUCCUACUGGAGCCUCUACUGCCGUAGAGGAAGGUACUAUCCCCAUUCGAUACAAUCCUGGCGGUGUCAGUGCCGGUAUUGCCAUUCCUGGUAUCAAGAAAGAGACCAAAGUGAUCAACGGUAAAAAGUUCGUCUUGGAACCCUCCAUCGCCGGAGACGUUGCAUUUGUUCAUGCAUGGAAGGUUGAUGAGAUUGGUAACUGUGUUUUCCGAUACGGAUCUCAGAAUUUCAGCACGCCAAUGGCUAAGAACGCCAAGCUGACCAUUGUCGAGGCUGAGGAAAUAGUCCCUGUCGGUUCCAUCUCCCCAAACGCUAUUCAUCUGCCUUCGGUAUACGUUGACCGUAUUGUCAAAGCAACCGUUCCUAAACAUAUUGAAAUCGUCACUCUUUCUAAAGCGGGACAGGAGGAAAUUUCGACUUCAAAGCUAUCACCAGAGAAAGCCGCCGCUCAAGCUUUGCGUAACCGUAUCGCUAAACGUGCUGCAAAGGAACUUCGUAAUGGUUUCUAUGUCAACCUUGGAAUCGGCAUGCCUACUUUGGUUCCAGAGCAUCUUCCCAAGGACGUCAAGGUCUGGCUUCAAAGUGAGAAUGGCAUACUUGGAAUGGGGCCUUAUCCCACAAAGGAGCAACUGGAUGCUGACUUAAUUAAUGCUGGCAAGGAAACAAUCACUCUUCUUCCUGGUGCUUCCUGUUUCGACUCGAGCGAAUCUUUUGCUAUGAUUCGCGGAGGGCACAUUGACGUCGCUAUCCUUGGUGCCAUGGAAGUCUCAUCGGCUGGUGACAUCGCGAACUUUAUGAUUCCCGGUAAGAUGGUCAAAGGUAUUGGCGGGGCCAUGGACCUCGUUUCCAACCCAGACAAGACUAAGGUCAUCGUCGUCAUGGAGCACUGCGCAAAAGACGGCUCGCACAAGAUUUUAGAGAAAUGCGCACUGCCGCUCACUGGCGCACGGACAGUCAGUACUAUCAUUACCGAAUUGGCGGUGUUCAAUGUCGACAGGCAAAACGGUGGUCUUACUCUUGUUGAUAUUGCUGAGGGUACCACGAUUGAUGAUCUCAGGGCGAAGACUGGAUGUGACUUCAAAGUCUCUGGGGACGUUGGUAACUUCUGA